AUGUUUCUUUUAUUGCAUCUUUUUCUUGAAUGCCUAGGAUAAACCUAAACUUUCUUGAAUUUAGAAAUAGGAAUUCAUAUUUUAUAUACAUUUCAAACAAGUCCAGAACCAAACUCCAAAAUAAUAGUAAAAUUAGAAUAAGAAAUUUUUGAUUCAACCUAACUUUUGAUCUGUGAUUCGGAAAUAACUUUGUUGAAAGAAAAUUGUAUAUAUGAUGUAAAUUCUUUCGAUUUGAAAAGAAAUACUUAAAUCAUUUAACUUGUAUAUGGCUUGAAAUUAGAAAAGUAUUAAGAAUAGUUGCUAACAAUGAAAUAUUUUGAUGAUAUUCCCUAAGUUAUUGGAACAUAUUCAAAAAAAAUUUCAAAUUUUUCAAUAACAAUAAGCAAAGUGGAUAUAUUAGAAUGUGCUUCGUAUUUAAAAAAUAUAAGUAAUUUAGGUAUUGCUAAAAUGAUGGAAUUUGCAAAGCUGGAAUUUGUGAGUGCAAAGAAGGAUACUUUGGAUCUGAUUGUUCUAUCAUUGCUUUAGAUAUAAAAAAAUAAUCUCUAUUUUUGGAGGGUAGAUUUUACUAUUUUAAUAUAUAAGAAUGUGAUUAAAAUGCUUGUUCCCUUGACAUCAAAUUUAAUUAGAUUUGUAAAUAUAGAUAAACUUGUUAUGCCUAAGAUUGGUAUUUAUUAUAAUAAGUUAUCAUGGAAAAAAGAGAGAUUAAAAUUACUGAAUUCUAGUCAUGUUUGUUAAAAAUAAACAAUUAAAAUUUGAAUCGUUAGCAAUUUUCUUAUUUUAUUUUUUAUUUUGAGACUGAAUGUGAAAAUUCGAUAGAUCCUAAUAACUUUAAUACUUAGAUUAUAUUAAUAAUUGUAAUUACAACAGUUGGAGGAUCUAUUUGUCUUUGUUGUUGUGUAGUUUGUUACUAUUACUUGUGUAAAAGAAGAAAAGAAGAACAUUAAGUACUUCCUACAAUUUCUUUAUAUCCAAAAGCUGAUAUACAAAAAUAUUUACCUAAAUAACUUUAUAAAUGUUUGAUUAUUUAAUAUCCAGGUUUAGCAUCUACAGAUGAGUGUUUAAUUUGUCUAGAUAAAUUGAAAGAAUCAGAUUAUGUAAGAUUGACUUAUUGUACUCAUAUCUUUCAUAUCUAAUGUAUUGAUAAUUGGUUGGAAAAGAAUAGAAUUUGUCCAGCAUGUAGAUCUGAAUUAGAUGAAAUAACUUUAAUUAAAGUGACAAAAUAAAGGAAGAAUGAUUCCUUAAUGUUUGAAAACAAAGGUAGUCGCUUAUUUGGAGAUAUGGGUACACCUAAUUUUACAAUGACACCUCCACUUCGAUCAGUUGAAAUCACUCAUAGGUUAUGA